CAGCUGACUAUCUGCUAUCUGACACACUCGCAUACUUCCAGAUACAUUUCGGCCCAACCUGGCAAAGCGUAAACAAGAGCUGUUGAGGUACCUGAAGCCGUUCAAACGACCCGAACAACCGCAGCGGAAAGUUUCGGUUGAAGGAUUUUCCUUUCCAGUGUACACCUCGGACGAGGUGGAACGACUAGAGGAAGCUGUCCGCUCAUCCAGAAAUAUACGCCGCCAGUAUUUAGCCUAUCUGACCGAGCGGAAACUUCGCCACAUGGACAUUGUAGAAUGUUUCGGCAAGUUCUUCACCGAUGAAGCGAUGGCUCCGUAUGCGUGGAAUGGGUACAAGAAUCCAAAGUUUCCACGCAAGGCAAUGAAAACUAUGGACAUCUUCUCCUACUGUAUGCUUGAGGCUUGGCAACGACACGGAGUUACUUCGAUGGACAUCCUCUCGGACAUCAUGACCAAGGUGAUCACGAAGAUUGCCGGUCGUCGGCGGUCCAACAAUUAUAACCAACGGAAGCGCAUCCAGCAGUUUUGUGACAAACAUAAUGAAUAAAUGCUCAAUUGAUUGUUUGAAUAUUUGUAUUUUUAUUAUUUUUACAGUUGCUAUGUUAAGAAAUAGGAAAAUGUUUUGCAUAUUAAUUCAAAACCGUUUCGUUCCAGAUGUGGUAGUUAUCAAGGAGGAUUUGCACGAGGCUUCUUCCACGGGAGUGACCGGGUUCAGCUUUCCGUUGUUCUGCGAGGAAGACGUUGAUCGACUCGAGGCUGCAGUCAAGAUGGAUCCUAUGGUUCGCCGGCAAUAUAUAAGAUAUUUGAAAUCCCUAGGAGAGUACCAACCCAGCUUGUUUGCGAAGUAUGUGAGUGAACUAUUCAGUGAUCUCUCGCUAUACAACUACUGUGUUACAAUAGACGGGAAUGUACAUACUAAUAAGAAGGAUAUGAUUGGAUACGACAUUUUCACGCACUGUUUGCUUGAAGCCUGGGUGCCACAAGGCCUGACGAUUUCCAAACUGACCGAGCUAUUGAAAUCGGUGAAAGUUAGCCUCAGCGAGAGACGGCAAUUGUCCAACCGAAACCGCCGAAAACGAUCGGAACUCAUUCAGAAGUGGCUCCUAAAGGAGAAUCCAAAACAGAAAUCUUAAAAAUGCAGUGAUCAAUAAAACUUUCUGAAAAAAGAACUACAUAUUCUAAAUUUUCAUUCUAUCUAACAUGCAGUACUAGAAAGCUGUAUCAGAAACCUAGUAACGCAAAUAAUGUUAACAUUACAGUGAAAGGUCCACCCACUGGAGCUACGUCUCAUAAGGAUUUUGAACAAUUGAAGCUAGAACUGGCGCAACUGGAUGUCCUUUUUAGCCAACGCCGGGAGACGAAACAAAACGUAAGUGGACGGUCGAUGGUCAAUGGUUUUGUGUUUCCACUAACAACGGAAGCCGAUGUGGAAAGGCUGGAAGCGGCAGUGCAUUCGAACGCCACCGUAAGGGGGCAAUAUAUUCAACUGUUGAAAGCCAAAAAACCGAAACAUAUCGAUCUGGUGGAUUGUUUCCCAAUGCUUUUUGGUUCUAGCUCUGUGGAAGCCUAUACCUGGAGUGGAUGUCGGAUAUCAAAAUUUCCAAAGAAAGCGAUGAAAAAUUACUCUAUUUUCAACGGAUGCAUGCUAGGUAAAGUUGCUGAACGUCAUUUUCGAUUUACUGACAAAGCAUCGAAAGACAGAACGUCGAUUUUCAAAUCUACAUGUAGAUGGAACACUGCGUGAAACUAUUGACGUACUAGCUCAUUAUGUCGCUUCAAUGUGUAAAUUCGCUUUUUUAAAAUGAUUAAUGCUUCUCAUUUCGCAGCUGCUUGGGAAUCACAGGAAAUGGACAUCAAAAUGCUGGAAGAGAACAUCAAACAAGCUAUUCAUCGCAUUCGAAGGCGCCGGUUGGAAAAAACCUUUUACGAUAAGAAAAAAUCCACCUCUGAAAUGUGAUUAGUUGUCGAAUAAAAUCCAUUAAAAUCCAAUGCAUUGUGUGUCGCAUUUGAAUGAUAAUUUUUAGUUGAAUCAAAGAUCACCUAACCUCGUUCAUUGUCCGUUACAGAUGUAUUCUAUAUAGCAGACACUCGUAGCCCUAACACCAAAAAGGGUGAAAUCCGGCUGAAUAGGCGAUCUUUCAAAUUUGCGGUAAAUGAUGACGACGAAUCGAACGAUGAAGCUGAAAAUCCUAUGUUCCGAUCCGUGCCUGGGUUCAGAUUUCCGCUGAAAACAGCCGAAGAUAUUGAAGAUCUCGAGCGCAGCGUUCGGGCAAGCGCCACCAUUCGACGACAAUAUAUUGAACUGCUACGGAAAGCACGUCGACUGGUCGAGAAACCAUCGUUCGCCUUCCUGAAGUUGUUCAGCGACGCGUCACUGCUGGACUACAACUACAGCGGGCGAUGCAACUUUUCCGGAACACAGAAAAAAGCAAUGAAGGAUUACAAAAUUUUCGCUGAGUGCAUUGUUGAAGCUUGGGGUGGGGAAUCCUACUCGAUAGAAGAGCUUCGACAGUAUUUAUGCAAUGCGAUCACGUUGGUUAACAAUAGAAAACGAGGGGCUCGCUUCCGGAAGAACCAGCGAAGUACUAGAGGAGACAAGAAAUGACACCGCGGAUGAAAACUGUGCUGUGCAAGCGGUUGAAAAUGAUACAUUAUGCUCACAUCUGUUAAACUGAUGCUUAUUUGGGAAUUAAAUACUGUUUAGUAUUAUUCUUCAUUUUGAUGAGGAAGUGCGUAACGAAUGGUUUAGUGGAAGAACAAUUUUUCAAAUAUCAAUCAAAGCGUACAAGAGUUCUUCCAAAUUUGAAUCGAUAUUUUCUUAUAUAAUGUGACUGAACAAAAUCUAGUACUACAUAUUUCUGUUAAGGUUCAAUUAAACUCAUACAAUUAUUUCAAUUUUUGCCACGAAGUUUAAAUCACUGCCCUAUUAGAUUGCAUCGCAGUUGAUUUGCUCAAAAAUCGAAAUAAUAACAAAUUCAACUCUUUUCAGCAUGGCGUUUGCGCCUCAAAAACCCAAAUAUCAGCUGCAGCGAAACUAAGGCACUGCUGGCCGCGGCUAUGGAACACACUGGUGUACCGGGAUUCCGGUUUCCGAUCCGAUCUGAGGGCGAAAUCGAACGGCUAGAAGUUGCCGUCCGUAAUGACAUGUACAAAUGGGACAAUUAUAUUGCAUUCCUGCGAGAUUUGAGGGCCAAUGAUCUCCAUACACCAAUACGGUGCAUCUUCCAGUCGGUGUUCUACGACGAAGCUCUAGCCAACUAUAACUAUAAUGGAAUUAGCACUGCUCCGGGUGUUCAGAAGCGAGCAAUGAAAAGUUACGCCAUCUUUAGGGACUGCUUCGCUGUGGCCUGGCGAGAAUUUGGAAUCACCGACGAUAUGAUUCGUGCCAUGUUGACAGAAAUUAUUAAAAAUAUCAACAGACGAAAACGAAAUCGGCAGUAUAAAAAUCGGAUACAGAAGAAAAAGAGGCUACAAAACUCGUUUGGCACAAUCACCAUCUCAAACGUCCAUUGGAUUGUAAAGCCAAGAAAGAAAUCUGCCCCUAGUGCAGCGCAGCGCAGGUCCUCCGAAUAUGUCCGUCAGCCGGAUUCUAGAAUAGUCUCCAAAGUAGCGGAAAACAUUCCAGGUUUCCGAUUUCCCAUUGAAUCUGACAACGAUAUUGAGCGCUUGGAAGAAACCGUUCGCAGUUGUGCUCUUACACGUAGAAGAUACAUCGAUUGCCUUCGGCAGAUUAAGGACUCGAGUGAAAAUGCGUCUAUCGAAAGCAUCUUCAAGUUGUUCUUUUACGACGAAAGCCUCACCGAGUACAAUUAUAAUGGCUUCAGUAACAGUCGUCGGGCCAAUAAACGGGCGAUGAAGAACUACGACAUUUUCACUAACUGCUUCUUGGAAGCCUGGAUGGAUUACGGAGUUACGGAAGAUGAGAUUCGUCUAAUGUUGUGCAAGGUGAUUCGCAACGUACACGGCCGUAAUAGAUUUCGUCGCUAUAAAAUCCGGAAGCGAGAGCAGGAAAUGACAGAAGAUUGUAUUUAUUUGGAAGAAUAUGAUUUGUAAUAAAGCUUCACCGAUAGCUCUUAGAUUUCAUCUUUGCACAGCUUAGUCACACAUUCUGGAUAACUCAGGAAGAAUGUGAUAAUAAUUCAACUUAUGUUUGUUCCAGCAAACAAACAUCAAGCACCUACCACAAAACUUUUAUUUCCGUAAACCGAUCCACAUGCCGUCUUUGAUUUAUCACAACUAAGUUUUAAUAUGUGGAAAAUCACUGCAAUUUAUGAAUAUUUCAUUACCUAACAUUAGUAUAACUUUUCCCGUAAUUCUUAUAAUUUCCCAGGCACAAUUACCAUUUCAAACGUCCGUUGGAAUGUAAAGCCGAAAAAGAAAUCUGACCCUAGUGCAGCGCAACGCAGGUCCUCAGAAAAUGUCCGUCAGCCAGUUCCGGUAGCAGUUUCCAAAGUAGCGGAAAACAUUCCAGGAUUCCGAUUUCCCAUUGAAUCUGACAACGACAUUGAGCGCUUGGAAGAAACCGUUCGCAGUUGCGCUCUUACACGUAGGAGAUACAUCAAUCGCCUUCGGCAGAUCAAGGACUCGAGCGAAAAUGCAUCCAUCGAAAGCAUCUUCAAGUUGUUCUUUUACGACGAAAGUCUCACCGAGUACAAUUACAGUGGAUUCAGCAGUCGUCGGGCCAAUAAACGGGCGAUGAAGAACUACGACAUUUUCACGAGCUGCUUCUUAGGUUCGUCUGCAGAAUUUCCGAAUCACUAGACGUUGCAUAUCGAAGUCUAUAAUUCUUCAUUUUGCAGAACCCGGGUAGAGCGAAAUGGCAAAUGAAGGGCAAAUUUUACCAUUAAAAUAGAAUGUUUGAAUGGCAAAAUUUGCUAUUAGUUUGUUUGAAAUAAGAGUUAAAAUAACAAAAAUAAUAACUAAAUUUCUAUGGCAUAACAACUAAAGAAUAACUGAUUUUGCCAUUGUAAUAACAAAAUAAUAGCAAAAAGAAUUUCAAAAUAAUAACAUAUUUAAAUAUGAUGGUAAUCUAUGUUAUUGUUUUGAUAUUGUGGCAGGAUAGUAUGAUAGUAACAUUUGUUAUUAUUAUGUUAUUAUACUAUUUAAUAAUAACUCGCCAAUUACAAGUUUUACAAUGAUAGCAUAUUUUGUUAUUUAUAUGUCAUCCUGAGCUAUUCACAAAAAACUAAAGAAUUGCAAAUUUAGAUAUGAUGACAAAAUAUAUUAUUCUUUAGUUAUUGGUUUGUUAUUCACCUCUACCCGGGAAGCCUGGAUGGAUCACGGAGUUACGGAAGAUGAAGUCCGUCAAAUGUUGUGCAAGGUGAUUCGCAACGUACACGGUCGGGAACGAUUCCGUCGCUACCAAAACCGGAAGCGAGAACGGGGACUGACUGAAAGUUGUAUUUAUUCGGAUGAAGAUGAUUUCUAAUAAAGAUUGACCGAUACAAUCACUAGAUUUCUUCUAUGCACAGCUUAGCCAAACGUUCUGGAUAACUCAGGCAGAAUGUGCUAAUAGUUCAAAAUAUUUUUGUUCCAGCAAUCAAACCUGGAACCCCUAUCACAAAACUUUUGUUUCCGCUAACCGAUCCGCAUGCCGUCAUUCAACUGGAGGAUUUUGUUCGGAUAGAUCCCAACAUGAGACGCAAAUAUAUAAAAUUUCUGCGCCGCAUCAAAACACCACGACAGAGCCUUGAAGAUACGUUUGGUAAAAUCUGCACCGAUCAAUCCAUCUUCCGCCACUUUAACUGGACGUCCAACAUGUCCUCCCAAUCUAUGACGCAGCGAGAAACACUGCAGCAUUAUUGGAUAUUCACUGAUUGUUUGUUUGAGGCUUGGAGCAGUCACGGAUUUACCAUGGAAACGUUGAAAUCAAAAAUGGCAAGCGUUAUCAAACGAAUCUAUGUUCGCAACAACGUGCGCAAUUUUCGAGCUAGGUCUAAGUUGGUAGAGCUUUGAAGAUUUCUAGGAUAUGAAUAAAUGUAGAAAAACGAUAUUUCCACUUCUGAAACUAAUUCUGAGAUUUGCUUAACAUUAAUCAUUCUAGAGAGUAACUUUUUUCUUAAUUUCAUGGUACGGAAUCAGCUGAAACGCCCCAGAGAAAUUCACAUCGUGGAGUUACAUCGCAUUCCGCCGCUGGGUUCAACUUUCCUAUACGAUCGGAACAAGCAAUAGAGGAGCUCGAAUCUUCCGUUCGAUGUAACGAAAAAUUCAGGAAGCAAUAUAUUAAGUUCCUACGCUCGAAACUGACCGACGAUCAAACCGUUUUCACCGUGUUUCAACACAUUUUUACCUACCAAUCUCUGGUCGGAUACCGCUGGACGAAGCGUUCCAACUUGGAAAGAAAAUCCAUGAGAGAUUAUGAAAUCUUCACUAGUUGCAUGUUGGAUGCCUGGCAGUGCAAGGGUGUAACGGAGGAAUCCCUAGCCGAGCACAUCCGUCACGUGAUCAGAAACGUAAAUAUUUAAAAACGGAAGUUGAAAAUUCGACUAAGGAAACGAUAUUCUAGUACUUCAUUUAGUAAUUGAACCAGUACUGUUUAUUUGGAAGUGUUGGAGAAGCCAAACAAUAAAUGAUCCUUUCAAAAUAAUUUCCAACGAAGAGAUUGUCAUUAAGAUGGUUUUCAAAUUCUAGUACUACGUUUAAACCAACAUUUUCGAUUUCUUUUGUAUAUCCUCUAGCCAAAAAUAUCGCCAAGUUGCGGAAUCGGUUGCAAAGUCUCAACAAAAUGAUCAGCAUGGCGUCGAGUCGAAACGAAAAGAUGCAACUGGAGGUUCAAAUCUGUGACGUCAACAAGGAACUGCAGGAGUUACUUAAAACUGCCGAGCAGCAGAAGCAGCGUGCCACUGCCCAUGUUGAUGGUUUCCAUUUUCCGUUGAGUUCCAUGGUCGAAAUCGAACGAUUGGAGGAAACCGUUCGGAAGGAUUUCGAUGUGAGGAAGCAAUAUGUACGCUACCUGUCGCUCAAGAAGCCCCCAACGAUGGACGUAACUAACUUUUUCUCGUAUCUUUUCACCGACGAUGCUCUGAUGGGAUACAACUACUCCGGAACCAACAACAUUGGCGAUUCGAAGAUGCCGAUGAGGAACUAUGAAAUUUUCAUCGAUUGUAUGAUAGAAGCAUGGGCUGAUCAUGGAUUGACGCACAUACUGCUCGAGGAGAAUAUAAAACUUGUGGUGAGAAAGCUUACCGCUCGACGUCGCAUGCAGAAGUUUCGGCUGAGAAAAUCAAUGAAAGUUUGAAGCUUGUUGAAUAAACAUGAAAUGUUCAAAAAACUUUGUAUAUUGUGUUAAUGAAUUUAAAUUAAUAACUAAUGAAUGGUAUUGACAACAAUUUCCCACUAUGGAUUUCAGAUCCCCUAAAACCACGAAAAAAGGUAUUCACGAGGACGGUAGAACUGGAUGAGUGUGCCGCCGCAGAUGACGAACAGCGCUACAUGUUCAUCGUGAGUCGAAAGGGAGGUAUUCUGUUGGUGCACGAAAACCACAUAUAUCGAUCCAAUAUGCGACGUCAGGGUCCCCACAAGAACAUACUGUACUGGGAGUGUGUACACAAUCGUUCACAGAAGUGCCGUGGGCGACUUAAGAGCGAAGGGAAUUUCCUGUUCAUUUCGAACACCAAUGCCACGCACAAUCAUCCUUCAGAUUUGAAUCGAAUCAACCGAGCUAAGGUCGGAGGAGAGCUGACAUACCGCACAUUCUUUUCACUUUUCAAAUAACAUGUUUCGUUGUUGAUAAGAAAUUGUUUUCAAUUAAUGUCGAUGAAUCUAGUACUAUACCAUCCAUACUAAUUUUCGAUAUUGUUGACAUGUUUUCAUCGUUUUAUUCUAGUACUGCACACGCUUGUUGUUCACCGUUGGUGGCAAUCUCUGAGCAAUGAUGAAGCAAUACAUAAUGUCGAUUAAUCUAGUACUGAGUAAUUCACACAAUUCCUAGAUAUUGUUGAAAUAUUUUCGUCUUUUAUUCUAGUACUGCACAUACUUGUUAUUCACAAUUAGUGGGAAUCUUUGAGUCGUUCACCUAUGAUUAAACUAAAUCCAACUAAUUUUGCUAACAUUUUGUAACUACAAUUUCAGUUCAGGAAACGUCCCCGACAUUCGAUGCGCCACAGUAUGUCAUUAGCAAGUGUGGAACCGUUCAGCUUCGGCACAAUGGUCAUCUUUUCAAUCGACACGUCAAACGAGACGAUAUCACAUACUGGCGCUGCUCGCAGUUUACCGUGUACAAGUGUCGCGCCCGGAUUAAGUCCGUACUCGAAGAGUUUUUCAUGUUGAACGUGGAACAUAACCACCAGGUAGUGGCCUCACCCAGAGCGUACGGAUCUUUGAAGCGACUGAAACAGCAACUUGCAAGAUAUUAAUAAACUACACACGGCUUUGGAAAUCAAUCUAGUACUUCACUUUAUUAAAUUUAGGAAUUCUCGUACACCAAGUUUUGCAUUGAUCUAAUGAUUCCAAUCCACAUUUCAGAUUUCUAUGUCCGAUACGUUUCCGGAUUUCGAGGAAGUCGCAAGCUAAAAUUAAUAGAGUUUAGCUAUACCAAAACAAGGAAAGUGCAAACAAAACGUACUGGUCUUGUGCGAGGGCAGGCAUGAGCAAAUGUAAAGUACGGGUUCUAACCUACACACUGAGAAACGGAAAAGAGAACUUGGUGGUUCGAUAUCCAACACACAAUCAUGAACCAUUCUAGUACUGCAAUGUUAUAUGAUACUCUGUAAAUAAAACAUUAAUGAGUUGGUGGAAACUGUGGUGGACUUUUCCUCUAUGCCCUAUAUUUGCAUUACGUUGAAGCAUAACUAAUCAGUUAAUUUGGAUUCCAUUUUAGUGUUUAAAAUUGUUAACAUUGAAGAAGUGGAAGAUGAUCAACCCAAGGAAAUAUACUUCACCGUCGGGCAACGUGGUUGCGUUUUGCUGCACGUUGAUGGCUACAAAUUCGUGAAGAAUCGUAAGGGGGCAUACAAAACCUAUUGGAUCUGCGCUAAAAAGGGAAGUACAGCCUGCAAAGCAAGAGUCAUCACCCCGGCAAACAGUGAGGAGAAAAAGGUUCCCACGUUGAUAGCCCGCAGCGGAACACAUAACCACCCUGUAUUCGUAGAGCGAAAAUCCCGCAGCUCUGUCACACAUAGGAUUUUACUUUUCGAAGACCCAUAGUUAAAUAAAUCUAUCUCAACUGAAACUUUGUGUUUCGUGCAAUCGUUUUGAAUCUCGAAGAGUGUCGUUUUUGCAUGAGUAUUGGGUUAAUGGAUUUCUAUUUUCCUUUAUAGAUGACAACGACGUUGACCAGAUUUAUUUUAUUGCGGAGAUCAUCGGUUCCGGUUCUGCAGAGGGAUUGAAAACUGUGAAAAUACCCACAAAGAAGAAAAGUAGAUCCAAAUCCGCAACGAUGCCUUCGGGAAACAAUGAAAUGUUCAAUUUUGAAAGCGAUGCUUCACCUUCGAAGCCCACCUACACAACUGGCCGGGGAAAUAACGUUCUCAACAACCAGGGCCACCGCUACAUCAAGAACAAUGCGCACAGCGGGAAAAUUUACUGGAAGUGUACCAAAUGGCACAGUGGGUGCAAAGGACGUGCCAUUACCAACGUGCUGAUUCCGGGCUUGGUUGUUUUGAAGAAUACACACAACCACGAACCAUUGUAAUUUCAUCAACGGCGGUUUUUGAUUUGAGGCCAAAUAAAAUUGAACAGAAUUGAUCGACCUUCCUCAUAUUUUCCAACCGUGAUUUUCAAGCAAUAUUUGUUUAGUUAUCUUGAGUUCAUAAGUUUCCGCAAUACCAAUGGUUGAGAAGUCAGUUUCUUUGUGAACUUUAAAGUUUCUUGAGAAUCUCUUGUUGAAAUUUCUGAAAAAAUCGCCGCAAACUUCAAACACAGUUUCAAUGAUCUUUUUAUUUAUUGUUUAAAACUAGUUCUACGUGAAACGGUGAUGAAUCGUCAUGUAGCAAAAAAUCACCCCUGUAAAAUAGUGAUAAUUUGCGCUGCAAUCGUUUUAUGAGUUUCCAUUUUACGUAGUCUCUAAUGUUUAUCCAAUCUAGUACUACAUCGAAUAAUGCAUCAACUCUUAUACAGUUUAGUGCCCUUUCAUACCAACUUUAUGCACUAGUUCCAAUCGUAACCACUUCUUGCAUCGCCUAAUUUUAGCCGUGAAACAUCCAGUCAAAGCGAUUGCUACUUGGUUGUGGCUAACGGAAUAACAACAUGCAGUACUGGAAGCGCAAUCAGUACUACAAAUGCAAGCUUAGUUGUGACCGACGAAAUCAAUCCAUCACCAUGAGACGUCAUAGGGCGUCGUCGGAGGCAGUAGUAGUAGUAAUUAACUGGCCCACGGUACCACGACAGGUGAAAUUCCUUAACAAUUACUUCCUCAGAAGAAGCAGCAGACCAUUGGCUGUCACAGGAUUCUUCGAACAAUCUGUACAGUCUAGAUCAUGAUCAAACAAGAAAGAAUAAAACCAUUAUUUUGAGCUGCUGUUGUUCGUUAAGUUUUGUAAUACAUGAUUACUCUAGUACUUCACAGUAAUUCCUACAAAACAUGACGUUUUAUCAUUUUCCACAGAAUCCUUCGCCAGGAGGGAGAUUUAUGAACGGUUUAUGCUUCCGAAAGCCGGAAUGGAAGUGGCCCGGUUCGGGAUCAGCCAACGAGGAGCGAAGAAACUGAUCUGCCAUGGGUACGAAUACGUCAAGGACCGAGACUUUCCGGAUUCGACCAAUUGGCGCUGUGCUUUGUUCCGUCGGCAGAAGUGUCGCGCCCGUGCCAUUACCAAAAUCAUUGACGGUAUCACCUACGUAAGGCUUACGAAUGAUGCCCACAGCCACGAUGUCCGGAUGUACCGCAGGCAUCCAGUGAUUAUUACGAAAGCGGACGAAAUGGAGUCUGCAUAAGAAAGAAAGUAGUUUCUUUGUAGAAUUAUUGUGAGAAAAUAUACGUAUAUCAGAAUGGGUUCAUUGUCCUGUUUAAACUAUGUUUCCUUUAGUGGUUCCAAUGACGUACUAGAUUACUAUCGCACUAAUACGAACUAUUCGCAUUUUUAGGUGACUACUCGUCGUGGUCAACAGAAACUAAUACACAAUGGGCAUGCGUACACCAAGGAUCGACAGUCGGCGAAGACUUGCAACUGGAAAUGUUCCCUCUUUACGCGGUACAAGUGUAAGGCUCGUGCCGUUACGAGGGACAUCAAUGGCGUGGUGUACGUGAAAGUCACCAACACGUUACACUACCACCCGGUGGAGCAGUACAAGAUCAACUACCGAAGGCUGGCCGUCAACCCAAUGAGUUUGGCGAACACUUUUAUCCCGCAUGUCAAGGAUGAGUCGUUUUGAGAUGUGCAUGUAUAAGUUAUAAACAAGAGUAGGGUUUCUCGUCGCAAAUAAAUUGUGCUUUAGUGUUAUUCUAGUACUUCAGUAGAUAUAUUCACCUUGAUGACGUAAGAUGACCUCCGAUGACAAAUUAUUAUUUACCAGGAGUAGAAAUGAUUCUACUGUAGUUCUAGUACGUCAUUGUCAUACACUAAACUAUUCUGUGCUUUUAGAUGACAAAGCUGUUUUCACCGAGCGAGCCCUGUACGAGUACACCUCCCGAGGAACGCAGCGCUUGCUUCAUGGCGGAUAUUACUUUAGCAAAAACAAAACCAACGAAUCGAGCGGACGGGUGAACUGGAAGUGCCAAUUUUACCAACGGCUUCGCUGCAAAGCAAGGGCCAUCACGAAAAACAUCAACGGAUACGAAUACGUGCGCGUCACCCACGAAGAGCACAUCCAUCGCCAGGAUCUCACCGAGAAUGAGUUCCGUCGUCCCAAACGGAAAAGAGAUUUCUGAGUUAGGAAGUUUGAGAUAGUAACUGCGACACAAUCAUUUGAUGUAGAAGUACAUGCCAAUGAGUUUUAAUAAAAACUUAUUUAUUUUUCAUUGUAUGAAAUAACGAUCCGUAAUUCUAGUACCUCGUUUUUAGUAAUAGCCUAACAGUUUAGAACGACCUCAUCAAAUUAUUAUUUUCUUGUUCACUGUGGAGUAACUUGAGCUAUUACCAAUUUAAAUUUAUUUUCAGGCUGUUUCAGCUUGAAAAAAAAAGAAAUGCAUCGAAGCGAUUGCUUAAAUCUAGUACUCCAAUAGAAAAAAAAACCUUAUAACGGCCGAAAGAACCCAUUUGCUCAAAAGAAGAUGACAUUAUAAUCCAAAUUUUAUCAUAUUUACAUAGCUCUAAUCUAUUCAUAUUUUUUCAUCCAACCUAUCCCAAACAGUUAAGCUGAAAAUUGUUCAAUAUUUGACACGCAAAUCGGACGAGCACUACGACGAUGAUGGUGAAGACGGCGAUGAGGAUGACGAAGCGAAGACCCAAUUCCCGUUGGACCUGAAGAUGGUGGUAGGCCGCAAGGGACGCCCAAUGCUGCUGAUGGGUGGCCACGCCUUUUUCCGCAACAAUACCCACAAGAGCAAAACCUACUGGCUGUGUGCCAAGAGCCGUUCGCUGAAGUGUCGCGCCCGAAUCAUUACCCUGGACGGCAGUGCCGGACUGAUCCUCAAGAAUCAGGUCCAUAAUCAUCCAGCGGCGUUGGAAAGGUCCUAGGCGAGGAUAAGAGUUAUCGAGUUCGUGCUGUGACAUAACGUCACGGUACUUGAACAAAAUUUUGGUUUUCUCUACAUAAUACGUUGUGUAGGCCAGUGUUGGGAAUACUCACUUGUAAGAGUGAUACUCACUUGCUUCUAUCUCAGUCCAGAAGCAUACUUUCAAAAAAUAAUGUUUGAAGGGCUUUUAGAUUGUAGUUGUAUAUAAAAGUUUGCUGAAUAAAGUAAAGGUCGCAGACGCAUACCAAAAUUGUGAGAGAGCUGUGAGUACGAGGUGAGUAAAAUUCGUGUAAUUUAUACUCACCUUGUAUACAGGGCCCAUAUAGCCGAGGCGGUAAACGCACGGGUAUUAAGCAUGACCAUGCUGAGGGUGACGGGUUUGAUUCCCGGUCGGUCCAGGAUCUUUUCGUAAAGGAAAUUUCCUUGACUUCCUUGGGCAUAGAGUAUCUUUGUGCCUGCCACACGAUAUACGCAUGCAAAAUGGUCAUUGGCAGAGGAAGCUCUCAGAUAAUAACUGUGGAAGUGCUCAUAGAACACUAAGCUGAGAAGCAUGCUUUGUCCCAAUGAGGACGUUACGCCAAGAAGAAGAAGAAGAAGAUACUCACCUUGUGCUCACAGCUCUCUCACGAUUUUGGUAUGCGUCUACGAGCUUUACUUUAUUCGGUAAACUUUUAGAUUAAACUACAAUCUUCCCUUCAAACAUCAUUUUUUGAUAGCAUGCUUCUAGAAUGAGAUAGAACCAAGUGAGUAUAACUUUUUGCAUGUGAGUAUUCGCAACACUGGUGUAGGCAUUAUUUUCAGCAAUUGAGCGUAUUGUAGUUUGAAUUCUGUGCAAAUAAAAUGCCCGAAAUUGAGUUGAUCUAGUACUUCAAUUACUGAAUGGGCAAUGAAAGUAUCUACAGUUAUCGAAUACGUUACGGAGGAAAAGGUCCAAAAUAGAAAACCGAUCAAGCUCACUCGCUCCAAGCGGACCAAACCCAAGCACAACGUAAACGAGAUUAUAAACAGUACCCAAGGAGUCCCCGUGGUGUACCAGAACACACGUUUUGGAGCGGCUCAGGUACUCUUGGAGGACAUGGCAUACUCGUUCACCUACACGAAGAACCAAAUAAGCCACUACAGAUGCAGCCGAUACAGGAGCCAACAGUGCCCGGCCGAGGUAGUUGUCAACAACAAGCUGGUCUACUAUCUCUGUGCUGCCCAUAAUCACGAUUUGGCUACCGGUCAGCAAUUGGAUGGUAUCUGUAGGUCGUAUCUAGCUAGAGAUGCGACGUAAGUUUUGAUUGGAUGUGGUUGCAAUGUACAAGAAUGGAUAGAAUUAAGCACAGCAUUCCUAGAUGUCCAGUAAAGUAUGCAUUGACCUGAUUCUUUCGGGGCCGGAGAAGGGAUCCAUCUAGGGAUGGUUGGCUAUGUCUCGUAGAAUCGCCUAAUUAUGUCCAAAUUCAUGUCAUACUUCUUAAAUAAUUUCAUUGGCAUUUCUAUAUUAGAUUGCAAUACUUACAGAAUUCAUAAAAUGAUUAUUUACAUAGCUAUGUGAAGUACUAGAUUAAGGAAGAAUACAAAAUCAAAUACAAUAUUCCUACACUAUCAAGAAAGUUUUGUUUAUGAUUUAGUUAAACAGUAUUGAAUUGACAAUUCAUCAGCGAGAACUGUCACUCUAACGCAACAAUCUUUCCAGAGGACCGUGAAAUCACCUUCAUUGUGGGAAGACUCGGCAACAUGCAGUUGAUCAUCGACGGCCACCUGUACACCCGGUCUCAAAUCAGGGAACGCAUCAUCAUUUGGCACUGCUCUCGGCAAAGAUCUGGAUGCAAAAGUCGGAUCAGUACCCUGCGAGGCGAACCGGGGACGGCCUACUCCUUCCGUGAGGACCACAAUCACGAGAGCAAAUUUGACUUCAAAAAUAGGGACAUUAAGGUUCUCAAGGUGGCCAAACUGUUGAUUGUUGGCAAAAACCGUUAGAUUGCGUUGUUUAAAUUUCAGGCUGAACAAUAAAAUAGAAAUUAGUUUUUCGUAAGUCUUGAUUCUGUUGAACACAAUUCAUCGUUUAAAUGAAAAUUAUUCGAAAGGCUUGGAAAAAAAGUCAAAUAAUAUUGAUGAAAAAUUAUAAAUUUCACUAACUAUUGCCAUUAUGAAUGUACAUUUCAGACAAUAAAUCUGAUGAAAGUAAUAUCUACGUCGUGUGCACUGCCGAAGGGGAGUACAAGAUUCAGGAGAAACCUGCAGCUAAAGCUAGACAAACAAAAGAGACCAAAGCUCCAUUCAAGGCUUCGUCACCGAUGCGGGUUGUUUGCAUUCUAGGCGGAUUCACAUUUCCAAUCUCCGAUGGCGAUGAAGUGGAACGAUUGGAAAACACCAUUUCGGAACGGGUCGACAUUCGCGAGGAAUAUGUGAAAUUGUUGAAGCGCAAAUCGAAACAUAUCAAACUAUUCCAAUUUAUGCCGUCAGUUUUCUCGGAUGAAGCUCUGGAAGGAUAUAACUUCAAUGGAGCAAACGUGCUUGGUAGGCGCAAGAUCGCCAUGAAAGGUUACAAUAUUUUCAGCAGUUGUUUCAUGGGUGAGUUCAACGGCUUUGACAGUGAUAACGAUGUAUCAAGUAAAAUCUUAUUCCACAGAUGCCUACGAAUCGGAAGGGCUAACCAUGGAAGAACUGGCCAACCAAAUAACCACGGCCAUCAAGCAGACUCGUAACAGAAUGCGUCAGCGUACCUUCCGGGUGAAGAGAUCUAUCAAGAAGAUGUUGAAGGAAAAAUCGAAACACUAGCUGGUUGUGUUCGUUCUAGAGUAAACUGGAAAUUUCACCGAUAACCCAUUGGGACUGUUGUAGGAAAGAAUUAGUUCAGUACUCGAUAAGAUUCAUACGUGACCGGUUAUGAUUUUUGUGCUUACUGUUUGAUUGGAACAAAUCAACUUGAUAUUUCUCAUGCAAACAAUAUAAAAACAAUCAUGAUUCUUGUACACAUUGGUUAUUUAAAAAUUCGGUUAUUACAAAUAAAGUUAUUGAUUUUGUCAAAUAAAUAAAUAAGUUAAAGACAGAGCUAGUAGGAAACGGAGAAAAAAAAAACAACUAAAUGACAAUAAUAUCUGAAUUAAGUUGUAGAACACUGCGAGACGGCAUAGCUUUAUUUUCAAUCUAGUACCUCAUUUAUGCAACAUCGAACCACUUCAAACUGUUUUCUCUAUUCAAUAGAAAUAGUUGUGGAGAACAUAAAGCUGGAAAGCAUUCCCAUCCAAGUGGAUUCUACACUUUCAACCACCGGUAAUGCAGUACUAGAACAACUAGCAGAAACUCACAAAAAUGAGGAUAUAAAGUUGCAUAAAGUAGACCCACGUGUACAUGAAGAUGCGGCCUGCAAACGACUUCAUAUGCAGCUCAAAAUCAACCAAAAAGAGCGACGUCCUCCAAGUCGAAAGCAUUCCAAGUCAGUUCGCGUGGCUGGAUUUGAAUUUCCUCUGACAUGCGAAGAGGAUGUCGACCGGUUGGAACUGAUGGUCAAACGGAAUCCUAUCAUCAGAAACCAAUAUAUCAAAUAUCUGGCAGCCAAUAAACUCCCAAACAUGGAGAUUGCUCACAUCCUUUACCGAUUUUUCAACGACGAAGCCCUCUCAAAUUUCAACUGGACUGGCCAGGAACGGUACGACUCUAGUGCUUCGUGUAAAAAGAAAGCCAUGCAAAAGUUCGACAUUUUCAAUUCAUGUAUGCUAGAAGCGUGGUCCAGCCAUGGUGUUACGCAGGACGCUUUGGCUGGUUCGCUGAAGAAAGCUGUGCAACUGGUUGCUCGACGGCGGUACAAUCUCAUCUACAAUCAGCGGAAACGAAUUCAAGCGGUGGAUCCCGAACACUGACGUUUUCUAAUGGAGGUCGUGGAAUAACACAGCUUCAUACACAGUUAUCAUUUGACUAAAAUUUUCUUCUAAUCUAGUACCUCUGCUGAGUUUUGCCUUCUAAAAUUUAAGUUGUAACUAGAAAAAUACAAUAUAUUUCUUUUUGAUAUAGUACUUCACACGUUUCAAUCGUUUUCAGCUGACAAACUCUUCAAAUUAAAUGGAACGAAAAUUUCUUUCAAUUUUAUACAACUAAGUUUUUCUGUUUUCUUUGUAGCAACAACUGGGAACAAAAUCGAAACGUCUACCACUUAUCCGAAAAUUGAAAUCAUUUCACAAAUACGAUUGCAUCCACCACAAAAUCCAACGAUUUCACAUCUGCACGGUUUACUGAGAAGAUCUAGCGUAGGAGGGGUACCUGAAAAAGUUCCGUUGUACAGUGGUAGCGACAUCUACAUAGCAUUGGAGGAAUCUAAAUCUAUUCUUCCAACCCGGCUCUCUAUACUGCCCGACUGAUGGACAUAAUAUUCGGUAGAGAGAUAUUGAAUAAUGCAUGCAUUGAACCAGCGGGGAAUGAAGACGAUUUGGAACAACUAGAUUCACAGAAACUGCGAUCAAUGAUUGGUAAGAACGUUUCUCGGCCUGUCGGGUAGUAGCAGAUCGGUGUUCAAUCUACACAUUUUUUUUUUGUUUACAGUGCAUGUGAUUAAUGUUUUCAAAAUUCAAAACAUUGAAGUAUCAGAGCCGACUGUAUUGGAAUACGAUCGCCAUCGGCUAUGCUUCCUAAAACAAAUGAAAAAGGAAGAAGUUAUUCAAGAGCAGUCUGCAUUCGAAUGUAGUACUAGUACUUCGUCAGUUUAAAUUUCUGGUGCGGUAUUUGAAAAAAAAAAAACACAUGAUUCGAUUUGUAUGGCUACAUUCAAAUCGCCGAACCUUUUCAACUUACUAACAUUGUUCUUUUUUAUAGAUCAGCGUAAUCUGAAACAGGCAACGAUGGUUAUCAACGUUCCAUGGAAUCGAAUACAGUAUUGAAUUGCUUAUUACCGUCAUUUUUAAAGAAUUCGUUUUCGAGGAAAUAUAUGAAAUUUUAAAAAUCAACGAAUCUUAUACUUCUUUACAUAUAUUGAGCCUAUUCUACCACUUGAUGUAUUCUAAAUUAAUCGUUCUGGUAUCGUAUUUUCAGGUUCCUCUAAACUCCGGGCGGCCAAGUUCGGUUACACCCAGAAGGGAAGGGCGAUGCUGCUGUACAACGGGUAUGCCUACAUCAAAGACCGCCAGGCUCAGAAGAGCUGCAACUGGAAAUGCUCGUUGUUCGGAAAGCUGAAAUGCCGAGCCAGGGCCGUUACGAAGGAGGUUAACGGACGGCAGAUGAUGAAAAUCACCAAACCCCUGCAUAACCACACUCGCGAUGUGUACUCGUUUGAUAAGUGUAAAAAAUCUAAAGAAUAAGUUUCCGGCAAAAAUGUCAGAUGUUCUAUCACAAUGAAACAUUAGCAAGCUUUUUAUUGUAUCUGUAAUCAACUAAGAAUUACGUUAUGAAAAUUAUCAUUAUAAUAAAAUAUACUCUUCUAUCAUUUAUGUACAAAUUCUAGUACUUCAUGUCUUAAGAUAUCGUUUCGAGUAUAUUUUUGGUGGUAUUCAUGUCUUCCUUGUCCUCAUUAUCACUUAAUUUUCCUCUCAGAGAUUGAAUGAUAUCGGGUCUUUGAUUAGUGAAGACAUUAGUGGCAACAUAGUACUAGAAUAGUAAGUGCAGACAAACAGAAAUCUAAUUGAUACGACACUAGUGAGUGACUAACAUUUUUAUCUGUAUCCCCAACAGGAAACGUAAUCUAUGUACUGUCGAAGCGUGGCACCAUGCAUCUGUUUCACGAUGGAAACACCUACACUCCAAAUGAGCGACCCUACCCAGGGCAGCGGUCUCGAACGUGGAAAUGCUCGUUGUACUACCGGCUCAAGUAUCGCGCCCGCAUUGUCACCAGUGAAGCCGAUGGGCUACCCAAGCUGCGGGCGGUGGUUGCAGAACAUACCCACUCGAAAGUGUUCCCCAAUUUAACGCAUAAAUUUCGCAGUUUGUUCUAGUGGGUUGAAUGAACGUAAUGAUCUAGUCCGUUAUUUAAUGAUCUCAAUGUUUAAUGUUUACUAUAUAAAUAAAUUAACAUGCAUGUUUUACAAGCAUUUUUACAAUAAGAAAGAUGCAUGUUCUUCGUAAGUCUACGUUUUUGUUAUUCUCCAGUACUUUAUGAUGUAUUGGUGUUCAACAGGUGCACUUGGUGGAGUACUAGAUUUGUAGUAAUGUGCUACAUAAUACCACGUUGUUUACACCAUUUCAUUACAGAAACGAAAAAUGUAUUAUCUUAUCAAACAAACAUCGAGCUCCUCAUAACAAAUCUAGUACUCCACUUUUACUGUAAUUUGCAAUCAACACUUUGUAGGUACAUUAUUAUUUCCGCAUACCGUGUUUGCAUUAUGUAUCACGGAACGCUAGAUACUGGAUACUGUCACUUUCUGAAUAUCACAGUUCUUUGGUUGAUUUGUCAUAUUUUUCAAUUAGUUGUUUUUACUUUGUAUCAGUAAAAGUAUCAUGUUUUAACGACUAAUUUAUAUCAUUGCAGACAUUGUUUUCAUAGUGAAUAACGUGGGUGGCCUUCAGCUAUGCGUAGAUGGGUAUCCCUUCAUCCGAUCGAGGACAACAGACGAAGUUCAGUAUUGGACGUGUAACCAACGAAAACGGCUAGGCUGUCCGGUUCGUGCCUCCGUACGUCGUCGAGAGAAAGGAAAAAAACCACUGGUCAAGCUGAGUGGAUGUCACAACCAUCUGAUCAUCACGGAGCGUCAGAAAUAUGGAGAAAGUUCCAUGCUUGUGCAAACGAUGGCGCGUGGUCGCCAAGUUGUGGCAGGGAAAAGGAAACGUGCCUCGUCAAAGAAAAGGCGAGAAGCACCAAAGGAAUAGUUUUCUUGAAAUCUAAAGAAUAAAUAUUAAGGACAAGCUUCGUCUAAGCGUUCUAGUACUACAUUGAUUUGUUUGGACCUUUGUGAUUUGAUUUUAGACGACAUAAUUUUAAAUGAAUUGUUCAUAACAAGACACACAGAUAAAAAUCUGAUACAAUUCUUCAAUUUGUAUAAACAUACUUGUUAGGUACAAAUCGUCGUGACUAGUUUAUCAACAAAUUUUAUAGUUGUCUCAAUAUGCAACUUAUUUUUUUAAUAUCUCCUCAGUGAAACGAAGAUAUGCCGGAGCACAGCUCGAGUACCGAGGCGGAGACGUGACGUUUUCGCCGAGCUGCCGCGGUAUGCCAAAAAUGACUCUGGAAGGGUACGUCUACAUUCGGAACGCUGGAAAUGCUACCAAGACGUACUGGCUUUGCGAGCGUGGAAAGCGAUUCAAGUGUCGCGCCCGUGCGAUAACUUAUCGAGGCACGGGGCGUAUUACCAUCAACGAACACUCUCACAAUCACAUGCCGGGCUUUUAGGAAAAAAACUGCGUGGGUGGAACUGAAUUCUAUGUUAAAAUGUACUCCGUUUUGCCAUACAUGAAUUUCGUAGUACUAGAUCAGUGCCGUGCAUUUAUCACUAUCAUGCCGUUUCAGAUUCUCUAACUUCUCUAGUACUUUAUCAGUUACCUAGCUCAUUCCAUAUGUCUCAAAUCCAACCAUCAACAUACUGCUAUUCAAAAAAAGGACAACGCGACCCGAAACUGAUCUUCGAUGGAUAUUCUUUGUACAGAAAUAGAUAAAAGGAAACGUGCUACUUCAAAUUGAACACGAACGGUGUGUUUUGAAAUCUAAAAAAUAAAUAUGCCAGAGAAGCAUCGUCUUAGCGUUCUAGUACCUAAUUGUCAUGUUUCUACUUAAGUGACCUCAGACAACGUAAUAUGAAAUGGAAAAUUAGUUGCAUGAUACACUGAUUGAAAUCUGGUACAAUUCUCUAGUUUGUGUGAAUUACUUGUUACAAAAAAAGUAUUCGGUAUUAAGUAUCGUGACUAGUUUCAUUGAUAGUUCUUAUACUAGUCGAAAUAAUUCUCUAUAAUAAUAUGCAUUCUUUUCUCCUCAGUCAAACGAAGAUAUGUCGGAGCCCAGAUCGAGUACCGAGGCAGAGGCGUGACGUUUUCGAUCAGACGAGGUCGUCGUUGUAUGCCCAAAAUGACGCUGGAAGGGUACGUGUACAGACGGAAUGCUGGCAAUGCUAUCAAAACGUACUGGCGUUGCGAGCGUGAAAAGCGAUUCAAGUGUCGCGCCCGUGCGAUAACGUACCAAGGCACAGGGCGCAUCACCAUCAACGAACACUCCCACAAUCACAUGCCGGGAUUUUAGGACAAAAACACGAAUUAGUAGAAUAAAUUCAAUGAUAAAUUAUACUCUGUUUUGCCAUGCAUAAAUUUCGUAGUACUAGAUCAUUGUCGUUCAUUUGUCACUGUCAUCCUUUUUCAGAUACCUGAACUGAUAGUGAUCUUGUUCAUUCCAGAUACCUCGCAUCCAACCCUCAACAGACUUCUGUUCAUCAAAGGACAACGUGGCCCGAAACUGAUCUUCGAUGGAUAUUCUUUCAACAGAAACAAAGGCCAUGAUCAAACCACCUACUGGCGUUGUACGAAACAUCAAUCGCUCGGCUGCAAAGCCAAAUUGGUUACCACAAAUCUGGGCAAAAAGAUUUCCAUCGGUACUCCGAAUCUGAAUGACCGAUGGAAUAAAACAGACUUGGAAGGGUUUAGACGACAUUGGAAAUCAUAAUUAAAAUGUUGUUCUAGAUUUUUGAAACUGACCUUUGAGAAUGUGUUUUCCAUGAUUUUAUGCUCACUACGGUUACAGCCGUUAUGUAUUGCAUUGUAGAUCACUACUGAAAAUGAAGCACAGCUAGAUUGAAAACCACAAAGCAAGGCAAAAAAGCAUCCAUCGGUACGCCGCUGCAUUGUCACGCUCCCGAUAUUGGUCCACUGAUUUGAAAUUAGUGCGUUGCCGUAAAAAGUGAUUGUUAGAGCUGUGGGCUUAAGAGAGAAUUGACAUCUUUUCUCAGACGUUAAAAAAUACAUGCAUUUAUUCUUGCAUUGCUGGUUUGGUGAGAUAAGCAAGGGCAAGUUCUUCUGUAAUAAAAACUUCUAUAGAGUGAGUGAAAAUAAAAUACAUACGUCGCGAUGGAAUUGUAGAACUCAGGAAUAUUUGUUGUAGUCUGAAGUAGACGUGUAUUGCAGUAUUGGAUUACAAUCAAUAGGACGCAAGCAGUGAAGUACUAGAUUGAAAGUAGUGAGCCUUGAUUUUUGUAUGGUUAGAUGAUCAAUUCUCUAUUUCUGUAAUGAAAUGGUGCAAACAGCGUGGCCAUAAUGAUUUCUUGCCUAAUUUGAUGCUGUUUGAGCAAAACUUUGGGUGACUGUGUUGUUGUAUUAUUUAUUUUUUACAACCUCAACAACGAAGUUACCCAAACUUUUGCUCAAACAGCAUCAAAUUGAGCAAGAAAUCAUUUAACCCACGCUGUUUGCACCAUUUGAUUGCAGAAAUGGAGAAUUGAUCAUCUCAUCAUACAAAAAUUCAGCUCACUACUUUCAAUCUAGUACUUCACUGAUUGCGUCUUAUUCAGAUAAUCUGCAAAAGAUUCCCAGUUCUUGUACAAUACGAUCAACCACAAAAAGUGUUUCGUGAAAUACGACAUAGUAUAGUUGUUACAAUAUUCUCCGAAAUUGUGUUUCUUUAGCAAACAAUAAAGUGAUAGUUUACAAGUUU